AUGACUUCCUCCUACUCCUGCUUGUCAUUUGCGCGGAGCCCGGGAAGAGGAGGAGGAGGAGGCUAUGAUGGUGGAAGUGGCGGAGGUAGUUUGGCCGCGUUCUUGCAUGGAAGCCCUCCCUCGGGCGGGCAGCAUUUGGGGGUUUACAACUAUGGACGGUUUCCCCGCUACUCGAGAAGCCCUCCUCUUCCAACCCUCGUCCAUCAGUCUGCAUCUCUCCUCCCCGCCAUUGGCCGUGGCCGAAGAUUCCACCUCCUCCCAUCUGCGACCCUCUCGUCGUCCUUUACCGAGUCGGAAGGUGGGGAUGAGGCGCAGAGUGUCGACAACCAUGUGGAGGACGGGCAGUCGGGUGAAUUGCCUGCGAUGGCGAAGGCUUUCCACAUCUCGCUGCGGACAGCCUCCGGGAUAUGCAUCUGCAUCGCUUUCGCCGCCCUCACCUUCCCCCUGGUGAUGAGUUCCCUGACGCAGGUCUCUGGCCUGAAGAUGAGGGCACUCACCUAUCUGACUCUGCUCCUCGGUUUCUACAUGGCCUGGAACAUCGGUGCUAAUGAUGUUGCCAAUGCGAUGGGCACCUCGGUGGGGUCCGGCGCUCUCACUAUCCGGCAGGCGGUGCUGACCGCCGCCGUGCUUGAAUUCUCCGGGGCCCUGCUGAUGGGCACACAUGUGACGAGCACGAUGCAGAAUGGGAUUAUCAUGGCCAGUGUGUUCCAGGAAAAGAGUACUCUGCUCUUUGCCGGUCUGCUGUCUUCUCUCGCUGCUGCCGGAACCUGGUUGCAGGUUUGUGCUUGUGCCCUAAACGACUGAGUCAAUUCCCAUUCUUUCCUGUGCUUUGAUCUAGUCUCUCGUGCGAUCCUCGAGGAUUCCCGUCAUAAAAGUCAACCCAGAAGAGGAUGCCUUGGUUGUCUUCUGAUUUUGCAUCGCUUUACAGAGAUUUCCCUUGAUCAACACAUCCUAUCUUCUAAAAGUGAACCCAGAAGAGGAUCUUAUGAAGAGCGGAUAACCUUUAAUCUCCCUCCUGCAAAACGUGCCAGAAGAGGAUGCCUCCUUUUUUGUUAUAACUUGUCAUCCCUCUAGUUUUGACUUUAUGAGGAGUCGAUACUAAACCCUGUCCUGAUCUCCUCCCUUCUAAAAGUCAACCCAGGAGUGAAUGCCUUGUUCAUUUUUCAAGUCUGCAUCACUUUAGCAUCUGUCUUUUAAAUUGCAGAACUUUAUCUCAAUCAUCUUACACAUCUAUUUAUGUAUUUAUUUAUUUAUUUAUCUAUUUACUUCCGAUUGAUAAUUUAUUUUCUUCUGAUCUUAUUAAGCCUAGAUGCUAGUUUGUCUCUAGAAAAACAUAAGAAAGCCCUCCAACAGCAGAGUUAUUAUGUCUCAGACUGAUGAUCAUGCGAGGAUCUAUUCAGCUUCAUAUGGGUAUUUCUCUUGCCAAAUCAGGGUCUCAGCAAACAGGUGUUCCAUGCUGGGCUCUUCUCACAUUAUCUCGGGUCCGAUGAAAACUCUGCUUUCAGAUCUCUUUAUUUCCUUCCUUCUGGUGUGAUGUUGUUCUUCCCUCGGCCAUGUGUGAUUAAUCUGAAAUACUCUAAAUAUUCCUUCUUAAUUACUUUUAAGGGAAUUUAUUUGUAUUAUUCUUCUUGGAAAAUUUAGUCCACCCACGCUUUCUUACUAAGAUCCAGUGUAGAAAAUGUGAAAUUUAGUCCAUUCCUGUCCAUUACCUGUAGCCUCUAUUAACAUUUAUCACGUUCUUCUUUUCAUUUUCGCGUCAUUUAUUCAAAUAUUCUUUUGUUCAAUGCAAGUGUAGCUGCUUCUCUGUCUCACCACGACCCACGAUUCUUCUAACCGAAUUAUAAAUAAAUAAAAUUUGGUGGGUUAUUUCAGAAAAUUGCAGGCUUGUUCAAGUCUGUAAAGUUCUAUGAUCCCAUUUUCUUUGAACAGCAUGCGGUGAUUGAUAAAAUAAAGAAAUUUUCCAUUUUUGGACUGUGAAUUUGUCUCUGAUAUUAGCCCAAAAUUUGAUUUGCUUCAUUCAAUCAAAGAAUAAAGGUUAUUCCAUUUCCCUCCUGGGAGAAUGAUCCUAGUCAGUAAUGUAAUCCGUUUCUUUAUCCAUCGAUUGCUUCCUGGAAGCACCCUUUGUGAUUGACUGCUGAGGGUUAAAUCAAAAUAUUCUCAUUAUUAUUGCCUCUUUGGGACCGACAGAGUAUUCUCAUGAAUUUCUUAUGGCUUAUUCAUACGACUCUUCCUCCCUCAUUGUUGUCAGAAUCAUAAACGCUGACCUUCUUUCCAUAUAUGGAUCAUGCGAGUGGAUCUUGUCUCGGAGAAAUUGGGUGGUUAGCUUUCAUGGAGAUGUACUUCAUUCCGAAUGCUGAAUUGCUUCAUACGAAGCAAGCGAAAACUUAGACCUUGAUCUCUAUUCUUUUUCAAAAUAUACGGUGAACACAGUUAGUCAACGCUACUCGACUUACAAAGUCAACGACCAAAACCUGAUGCGAGAGAAACAAAGCAUGAAAAACCGUUCUACUUGGGUCGGAUGCAAUGGGGAAAAAAAAGUGUCCUUUUUUUUAAUUUAUUCACAUCCCUGCGAGAAGAAUUUUCAUUCCUCUGUUACGCCCAUCUUGGUUUGAUUCGAUCGUGUUGGUGAUCCACAAUGAAUGUCAUGCAGGUGGCCUCAUUUUACGGCUGGCCAGUCUCCACCACGCACUGCAUAGUGGGGGCGAUGGUCGGCUUUGGCCUGGUCUACGGGGGGGUCAACGCUGUCUUCUGGAGAUCCUUGGCCAGAGUCACCUCCUCCUGGGUCAUCUCCCCGUUCAUGGGCGCAGCAGUCUCCUUCAUCGUUUACAAAUGCAUCCGCAGGGUGAGCCCCUCAUCUCCAUCUCCUGAAAACUCCCCGCAGUUCACAGCUCGCGUUGACUUCUGGUGAUUAACGGUCGUUAUGUUCCCUCCCUCCUUCCUGGUUCUCCAGUUUGUGUACAGCGCGCGGAACCCGGGGCAGGCGGCGGCGGCGGCGGCGCCGAUCGUCGUCUUCCUGGGCAUAUUCGGGAUCUCCUUCGCGGCCUUCCCUCUCAGCAAGAGCCUGCCCGUUGCGGCGGCGCAGGCCCUUGCCUGCGCCGCCGCGGGGGCCGGCGCCGUGAGCCGGGUCAUACACAAGCAGCUGGGCCACCUCCUCUCGUCGGAGUCAGCGAAGGAGCAGGAGAGGAAGUCGGCGGAGGAGGAGCAGCAGCAGAAGAACGUGGGAUUCCUGUCGGAGAUAGCGGGGCCAAGGGGAGCGCAGCUGGAGAUCGUCUACGGCGUGUUCGGGUACUUGCAGGUGCUGUCGGCGUGCUUCAUGUCGUUCGCGCACGGCGGCAACGACGUCUCCAACGCCAUCGGGCCGCUCGCCGCCGCGCUGUCCAUCCUGCGCGGCGGCGCCGCCAGCGGCGCAGAGGUGGUAAUCCCCAACGACGUCCUCGCGUGGGGCGGCUUCGGCAUCGUGGCGGGGCUGAUGAUGUGGGGCUACCGGGUGAUCGCCACCAUCGGGAAGAAGAUCACGGAGCUGACGCCGACGAGGGGCUUCGCCGCGGAGUUUGCCGCCGCCUCGGUGGUGGUGGUGGCGUCGAAGCUCGGCCUGCCGAUCUCCGCCACCCACACGCUCGUCGGCGCCGUGAUGGGCGUGGGCUUCGCGAGGGGCCUCAACAGCGUCCGCUCCGAGACUGUGCGGGAGAUCGUCGCCUCGUGGCUGGUCACCAUCCCCGUCGGCGCCCUGCUCUCCGUCCUCUACACCUGGGUCACCACCAAGCUCCUGUCGUUCAUCCUCUGA